UGCUCAGUCUUCGGUGGAUUACAAAGCACCGCUUGGAGCGUGUGGUAGCCACUUUCUCCUUACUCCAGAUGCCUUCGGGUUCCAACCAAAGGGUACUUGUAGUUACAGCCUCCCCGAGCUCGGUCUCCUGCACUCCUGAUUAGCGCAGCACAGGCACCUGAACUUGCCUGGCCCCACCUCUGCCUUUCCGCAUCCCUACCUCUUCAGUUCUUGUCUUGGGAAGCGCACGCUUGCCUGGCCUUGACCUCCACAGCCUGGACUUCGCUGGCCAGCCCAACGGCACCAAAAGGAAUUCCCGGGUGCAAGAAGCUCUAACCUCCAGCUAAUCAGAAGGGAAACACCCGGUGCGUCUCCGCGACCUUCUCGCGCCCUGCCAUACAUAGUGACAUUUCCGGCACUGGGAGCAGCUAAGACACGGGAUUUGCACCGCAACCUCUGGAGCCCCAGGCUUCGGGCGGCUUCUUGGAUUACUCCCCUGAGCGCGAAGGAAAAAGCCGGCUUUGCUCGGCGCUGCGAGGCGGGAGCAACGGAAGCGGCGCCGGGCUAGGAGAAUGCUGCUGCCGGGGGCUCGGGGCGCGGCCAGCGGCAGCUUCUCCGCCAGGGGUUAACUGCAGCUCCUGCGGCCCGGCGGGCGCGAUUGCUUCCUCUCCCACUGCCCGGGAACAUGGAUACCGGGCCCACGAGAUGUUCGCGGGCUGGGCCAGACAGUCAGGAAACAUGAGAAGGCCUCGGUAUUCCGGGUCCCGGGCCGCGCGCGCCCGUCUGGGUAAAUAAAGCCGAGACGACGGCGGUGGCGGCGGUGAGCUCCUCGUAGCCUGCGCCGAGAACAUGCGGCGGGGAUGGGAGUGUGCCUAGCCCCGAGGAGGGACAGUCAGCCGCUGGCUGCGGGCCCCGCGGCCACAGAACCCGAGCCCUGCUGCAGAGCUCCUAGCGGCCCGGCUCCGAGGCGCUGCGGCGAAGUCGCACAUCCCUGCCAGCGGUCACCAUGAACACCAUCGUCUUCAACAAACUCGGGGGAGCCGUGCUUUUUGAGGACCGAGGCACCCCGGAGCGGGAUCGUGGCAGCCGGCCAUACGGUGGCGUCCUGGACAAUCCACACACACGCCCGGAGGUGGGCAUUCCAGACGGCCCGCCCCUCAAGGACAACCUCGGCCUGAGACACCGGAGGACCGGGGCCCGGCAGAAUGGAGGGAAGGUGAGGCACAAGCGACAGGCCCUGCAAGACAUGGCACGGCCUCUUAAGCAGUGGCUUUAUAAGCACCGUGACAACCCGUACCCCACGAAGACCGAGAAGAUAUUGUUGGCCCUCGGCUCGCAGAUGACGCUAGUACAGGUGUCAAAUUGGUUUGCUAAUGCUAGACGUCGGCUGAAGAACACUGUUCGUCAGCCAGAUUUGAGCUGGGCCUUAAGAAUAAAGCUAUACAACAAGUAUGUGCAGGGCAACGCGGAGCGACUCAGCGUGAGCAGCGACGACUCCUGCUCUGAAGAUGGAGAAAACCCCCCAAGAAAUCACAUGAACGAAGCGGGCUAUAGCACCCCUGCCCAUCACACUGUGAUUAAAGGGGAGAGCUCAGUGAUAAAGGCUGGAGUGAGACCAGAGUCAAGGGCGCCCGAGGACUAUGUGUCACCUCCCAAGUACAAGAGCAGCUUGUUGAACCGUUACCUUAACGACUCUUUGAGGCAUGUCAUGGCCACAAGCUCUGCUAUGAUGGGGCAAACAAGGCAAAGGAACCACUCGGGGUCUUUUAGCUCCAAUGAAUUUGAGGAAGAGCUGGUGUCUCCGUCGUCGUCAGAAACGGAAGGCAACUUUGUCUAUCGCACAGACACUCUGGACAUCGGCUUGAAUAAAGGUGACAGUGCAGCUAACAGAAGAGGCGUGAGCAAGGAUGAUACGUACUGGAAAGAGAUCAAUGCAGCCAUGGCCUUAACAAACCUCGCCCAGGGAAAAGAUGAAGUGCAGGGGACCACCAGCUGCAUCAUCCAGAAGUCUUCCCACAUAGCAGAAGUAAAGACAGUCAAGCUGCCUCUGGCCCAGCACUUCUAGUGUGGCCGGGGGCACUGAGCAUGUCAGUGGUUUUUGGUUUUUGGAGUUUUGUUUUUAUUUUUUACCUAAAUCUUCAUCCUAAGAGCCAAAGCAGGGGUGAAGAGGACUCCCAUCCAAACCUCCUAAGUUCAGCUAUCCUAAAUAUAUCAGUUGCUUCUAUAAAAAGACACAUAAAUUAUAAAAAAAAAUCAUUUUAAUCAAAAGUAUUAACUUAUUUUAUGUUCCUGAAACUAUGCAUAAAGCAUCUGCGUUACCAUUACAGUAAGUGCCUUGCUUCCCUGAGAUAAGCUCCAACGUGGGCACAGUGGGAGCUGUGCCUCAAACAGCUGACGCCUACGCCGCCGCUGCUGACACUUGCUAGACCGCAUCAUUCCAAACUGGUUCCGGACCAAAGCCAGAAUCGCUGAAAGCCCUUGAAAGUAAUUCAGUCAUUCACAUGUGAGAACUUGGAAAUCUGUUAAUCUGUUCAGCCCAGAUGAAGUGCUUUUGCAUAUAUAUAUAUAUAUAUAUAUAUAUAUAUAUAUAUAUAUAUAUAUAUAUAUAUAUAUAUAUAUAUAUAUUUUUUUUUUUUUUUCCUGGUAAUGCCUACAGGACUGGAAAUUGUUCUUUGUGCUUUCCAGGGUGAUGGUGAGAAUUUUAUUUGUGGGUUUUGUUUGCAUCUCUGAUAUGUUAGCAGCUUCCAAAAUGAAAGGGGCAGCCAGCUCACGUGAUAUAUAUGUUUAAGAAGAGACACUUUCAAACUAGUAAUUACAGCACGUUGUAAUCAGAAAUUAGUUUCCCAAGCACUGUGGAAUGCAUCCCAGUGCCCUUUACAACUUAUUUGGAUUUUUCUUUUUCUGAAGCUUUGCAAAGAGCCUUAUUAUAUAAAUCACUGAUUUUUUUUUCCUGUGUAAAACUAGUUUUUAGUUUUAAGACAUAAUCUUGUUUGCAUUGGAGUGUUCCUUUGUGAUGGAAGCUGACUUUCAUAUGGAGUAACUAAAAGAUUUUUAUUUGGUUCAUUUCAAGUCACAAUUCUAAUGGACAAUUUGUAUUGUAAGGAGAACAAGAAAAUGAAGGGAAAAUAUCUGUAUGUGGAUAUACAUAUACAUGCAGAAAAUUGAUUUUUAAAAUUUAAAACAUAUGGGAAACAAACCAUGAACAGUCUCUGAUUUGUGCCAAGUAGGACAUGCAAGUAAAAAUUAAGUGAAAUCUUGCAUUGAAGAAAGAACAUUUUGUUUCUAAAUGACACUACCACUGAGUGAGAAUAAUCUCUGUCAAGGAAGAAGAGUGUCUUGUUCAUCAACAUCCUAACCAGCUUGGGAAGACUAGAAACAUAGAGAAAUACGGAGACGCCACAGAGAACAAAGCAAAUGUCCAACAGCAAAUCGAGAAGACUGGGCUAUUUUGGGGUGGGAUUUUUUUUUUUUCUGGGUAUGUAACCUAUUUCGUAAUUUUUUAGACUGGAAAGCUUUUUUGCAAGUGUGAAUGACAUCCAGGAGCACAGCACGUGCUGACAUCUUUCUUUAUUUUACAAAAUGCUUUUAUAAAAGCCAAAGGUUGCUCUGGUUGCUGAGUGGACACGACUGUCUUGAUGGCCACCAUAGGACACUUUUUCCAUGUAUCAUAGUAUUGUGGGGUGGGGGUUAUCUAGUGUAACGAAGACAAUUUGAUAUGAAAGUAUUUUGUAUGUAUAUUUUUACUUUGUUUUCUUAAGUGCAGUUUGCAGUAACAGGAAGCCCAAGGUGAGAUGUGGACAUGAUGACUGUAUGAGUGGAUGAAGUAUUGGGUUCUUCGGCUGCUUCCUUGGUACACUAAGAUCCAGGAUGGGAGGUAGAAACCGCCACAACUCUGCCCAGACGUGAGCAUGGCAGUGAAAAACAAGAACGAAUACUUCACUCUUUUUCAUACUAUUAUAAGUUAUUCUGAUAUUAAAUAUUUUAAUAAAAAUGUUUUUGUUUUACCAUGUUGCAAUUAGAUAAAUGAAUGCUGGUUGUAUUUUAUUUGAAAUUGUCAUGUUUUAUUUUUUCCAUCUUUUGGGGAAAAAAAAACAGUGAAUUUGUUCUGUAUUAUGAACACAAAUCAAUGACAGGACACUAUCCACAUGAUUUCUUUAAAGUACCAAAGCUUGGAGUCCAGCUGUACACACAUCCAAAAAACAUAUAAUUAGCAUAUCCCGGGCAAUGUCUCCAAUUACAAUCACUUUUAAUUUAUUAUUUUUCUCUCAUUGCUGUCUGAAUUGUCUGGAACUCAGAGCCCCCUCGCCCCUUGAAAGCACCUUAAACCACGCUGAGCCAGAAGCCAAAAGGCUAACACAUAAUUUAUAUUGAAGAGAAAGAGACUCGCCCUCUUUUUAUUUUACAAUUGUAUUUUAAUAAAAUUAAUAAUGGUCGGGAGUUCUUGACAGAUUUAAAAUAAAAGUUCGUUUCUAGA